CUCUUUUCGCCCUCGCCCUCGUCCUCCCUCGCGAUGCUAUCGAUUCUGUUGGUUUUGCCUCUAAUUAAGGCUUCGGCAGUACCCCGCGCGACGCAAGCUCUCCUCCCGUUCCUCGAUCCCGUACUCGGAUUAGGCUCAGAGCUGACCAUCGCAGGGUCGGACGGUGGAGAGCCUUUGAACGUGAUCGUAUCUGCGUUCAGUUCUGCAUCUGUCUUGACGGAUGACGGUUUUCGCGAUUGGGUCGGCGCUAUCGGCUUCGACUUGGAAUGUUUGGACAUCAGCCUUGGCGCUCCUCAGCAGGCUAACCUUGGCGACGGCAAUGGUGCACUCAAUCAGAUUGCGCAAUUCCAAGAAAAUUUCGGAAUUCCGAUAGUCGGUUCAUGUUUGGAGAGCGUUACGGGCGGUGUUCAUUUCAGUUAUUGGCGACAGAAUGGACCAUCAUUACUUGGGCUUGCAAACACCGGAGCUCUCUUUCUUGCUGUCUCCCAGGAGGAGAGCCUUCUAGGACUUCACACCAUCGCUCCAGAUGGCUAUAACGCUGGAAGGAACGCGUUCGUAGCCGCUGCAGUGGGCUCCGUCAGCUCUGGCGGCGUCACAUAUACAACGACGGCAUUGAACGUCACAGGCCUUCUGCUUCCCGGCAGUCUCGGUAUCAGCCAAGGUAUCGCACAAGAUGGCAUUGUCACUCUGUUGACCGUGAUAGCCACAUGAGUAUCGCAUACAAGAUCUAUGCUACCAAUAUGCCUGACAGUAUCGGCGCAAGACGGAACUGUUACUAGUACUUGUGUUGAUUGUAACGAUCACCUGCCUUGCGAGGCCACCUGUACCGUCGUUAUCAUCUCCAGCAUCCUAAAUCUAGGCCAUGGUGAUUCAUUGUGAC